GAGCAGUUAUCUACUUCGUUUUUCGCCCCCAGUAGUCCAUGGCAACGGGCACAACAAUUGCCGGAGGACCAGCUGACGGGACCACCUGUUGCAGGAUGUUUACAAACGCAGUGGGUUUGUGGUAAUUACGGGGGUUGGAAAGCCUAGGCCAAGGCGGAGCAGUGACAGCUUUCGGUUUGAGGACAUGCGCACUUCCUGCCUCGAAUUCCUCCUGUCAGCCAAGUGUCAAGUCAGGGGGAUACAUAAUUUUUCGGACCCUCGCACUGCAAAAGUUCUUCGUUGGCUGAGAUUUGAUGUAAAAUAAGUGUUUCAAAUGGCAUCGGUAGUGAAAUAAAAGCCAUUUCUUGGACUAAACAAGCUGCCCACACGGUCAACAUGUUCCGGCCAAGUUGGUUUCCAUUCGCCAGCCUGCUGUUCCUGCUCCUUUGGAGCACCGCCUGGGGCAGGACAGCCAAGAGAUCGGACGUCUACAUAGCGGGAUUCUUCCCGUACGGGGAUGGCGUGGAGAACUCAUACACCGGGCGGGGCGUUAUGCCCAGCGUAAAGCUCGCCUUGGGCCACGUUAAUGAGCAUGGAAAGAUACUGGCCAAUUACAGGCUGCACAUGUGGUGGAACGACACUCAGUGCAAUGCUGCUGUGGGCGUAAAGUCCUUUUUCGAUAUGAUGCACUCGGGUCCCAACAAAGUAAUGCUCUUCGGCGCUGCGUGCACCCAUGUGACCGAUCCCAUAGCCAAGGCCAGCAAGCACUGGCACCUCACCCAGCUCAGCUACGCGGACACGCAUCCCAUGUUUACCAAGGAUGCGUUUCCCAAUUUCUUUCGGGUGGUACCCUCGGAGAAUGCCUUUAAUGCGCCGCGACUGGCCCUGCUGAAGGAGUUUAAUUGGACCAGAGUGGGCACUGUCUACCAAAAUGAGCCACGAUAUUCGCUGCCCCACAAUCACAUGGUCGCUGACCUGGAUGCCAUGGAGGUCGAGGUGGUGGAGACGCAGAGCUUCGUCAACGAUGUGGCUGAAUCCUUGAAGAAAUUGCGCGAGAAGGAUGUGAGGAUCAUUCUGGGCAACUUCAACGAGCACUUUGCACGCAAGGCAUUCUGUGAGGCUUAUAAAUUGGACAUGUAUGGCAGAGCCUAUCAAUGGCUGAUUAUGGCCACCUAUUCCACGGAUUGGUGGAAUGUCACGCAGGACAGCGAGUGCAGUGUGGAGGAGAUCGCCACAGCCUUAGAAGGUGCCAUUCUAGUGGAUCUUCUGCCCUUGUCCACCAGUGGCGACAUCACAGUGGCGGGCAUUACUGCUGAUGAGUAUCUUGUGGAGUACGACCGACUGCGAGGCACUGAAUAUUCCCGCUUUCAUGGCUAUACCUAUGAUGGUAUCUGGGCAGCUGCCUUGGCCAUUCAGUAUGUGGCCGAAAAGCGAGAGGAUCUGCUAACACAUUUUGAUUAUCGCGUGAAGGACUGGGAGAGUGUCUUCCUUGAGGCUCUACGAAAUACAUCCUUCGAGGGUGUGACGGGACCCGUACGUUUCUACAACAACGAACGCAAGGCCAACAUCCUGAUCAAUCAGUUUCAGCUGGGACAAAUGGAAAAGAUCGGGGAAUACCACUCACAGAAGUCACACUUGGACUUAAGCUUGGGAAAACCAGUCAGAUGGGUGGGGAAAACUCCUCCCAAGGAUCGCACCUUGAUCUACAUCGAGCACAGUCAGGUCAAUCCAACCAUAUACAUCGUGUCGGCUAGUGCUUCGGUCAUUGGAGUGAUUAUUGCCACAGUUUUUCUGGCCUUUAACAUUAAGUAUCGCAAUCAAAGAUACAUCAAGAUGUCCAGUCCCCAUUUGAACAAUCUGAUCAUUGUGGGCUGUAUGAUGACCUAUCUGAGCAUCAUUUUCCUGGGUCUGGAUACCACAUUAAGUAGUGUGGCAGCUUUUCCCUAUAUCUGCACAGCUCGAGCCUGGAUCUUGAUGGCUGGAUUCAGUCUCAGUUUUGGAGCCAUGUUCUCGAAGACGUGGCGGGUGCAUUCGAUAUUCACCGAUCUGAAGCUCAAUAAGAAGGUGAUCAAGGACUAUCAGUUGUUUAUGGUUGUGGGCGUGCUUUUGGCCAUUGAUAUAGCCAUUAUAACCACCUGGCAGAUUGCUGAUCCCUUUUACCGCGAAACAAAACAGCUGGAACCCUUGCAUCACGAGAAUAUUGAUGAUGUUUUGGUGAUCCCCGAAAACGAGUACUGCCAGUCUGAGCACAUGACCAUAUUCGUUAGCAUUAUUUAUGCCUACAAGGGACUGUUGUUGGUUUUUGGCGCCUUUUUGGCCUGGGAAACUCGACAUGUUUCCAUACCGGCUCUGAACGAUUCCAAGCAUAUUGGUUUCUCCGUUUAUAAUGUGUUUAUCACUUGUCUGGCCGGAGCGGCUAUUUCCCUGGUGCUAUCGGAUCGAAAGGAUUUAGUUUUUGUCUUACUCUCGUUUUUUAUCAUUUUUUGUACGACAGCCACUUUGUGUUUGGUGUUCGUACCGAAAGUAAGACUGGUAUUGGUGGAACUGAAGCGGAAUCCCCAGGGCGUGGUGGACAAACGCGUUAGGGCAACGUUGAGACCAAUGUCUAAGAAUGGACGCCGGGAUUCCUCGGUGUGCGAACUGGAACAACGAUUGCGGGAUGUGAAGAACACAAACUGCCGGUUCCGAAAGGCGCUGAUGGAGAAAGAGAACGAGCUGCAGGCCUUAAUCCGCAAGCUGGGACCCGAGGCACGCAAAUGGAUCGAUGGGGUGACCUGCACAGGUGGCUCCAACGUCGGUAGCGAACUGGAGCCCAUACUGAGCGAUGACAUUGUUAGGCUCUCAGCUCCACCGGUGCGCCGAGAGAUGCCCAGCACCACAGAAGUUACCGAGAUGACGUCCGUGGAUAGUGUGACCUCGACUCAUGUGGAGAUGGAUAACUCCUUUGUAUCGGUGCAGUCCACAGUGAUGGCGCCAUCGCUUCCUCCCAAAAAGAAAAAGCAAUCCAUUGUAGAGCACCACUCGCAUGCCCCUGCUCCAACUAUGAUGCAGCCAAUCCAGCAGCAACUGCAGCAGCACUUGCAGCAACAUCAGCAGAUGCAGCAGCAGCACCUGCAGCAGCAGCAACACCAGCAGAUGCAACAGCAACAGCAGCAGCAGCAUCAUCAUCGCCAUCUGGAGAAGAGAAACUCGGUGUCCGCUCAGACCGAUGACAAUAUAGGCAGCAUCACCAGUACGGCGGGCAAGCGGAGCGGAGGAGACUGCUCCAGCAUGCGGGAGAGGCGUCAAUCGACCGCCUCCAGGCACUACGACAGUGGCAGCCAGACGCCCACAGCCCGGCCAAAGUACAGCAGCUCGCACCGGAACUCCUCCACCAACAUCUCCACAUCGCAAUCGGAGUUGAGCAACAUGUGUCCACACUCGAAGCCCAGUACUCCGGCUGUGAUUAAGACUCCCACUGCCUCCGACCAUCGCCGCACCAGCAUGGGCUCCGCCCUGAAGUCCAACUUCGUGGUUUCGCAGAGUGACCUCUGGGACACGCACACGCUGUCGCACGCCAAGCAGCGCCAGUCGCCGCGGAACUACGCCAGUCCGCAGCGCUGUGCUGAGCAUCAUGGCGGCCACGGGAUGUCCUAUGACCCGAACACCACCUCACCCAUCCAGCGGUCCGUCUCCGAGAAGAACCGCAAUAAGCAUCGGCCAAAACCGCAGAAGGGCACCGUUUGCCAGAGCGAGACGGACAGCGAACGGGAACGGGAUCCGCCGCCCAAUAGUCAGCCGUGCGUCCAGCCGCGCAAGGUCAGCCGGAACUCCAACAUCCAGCACGCCGCCCACCACCACAGUUCGCCCAAUGUGGCGCCCGAUAAGCAGCGGAGCAGACACCGCGGCAAGCAGGAUAGCAGCAUCUACGGCGCCAGCAGCGAGACGGAACUGCUCGAGGGCGAGACGGCCAUUUUGCCCAUCUUCCGGAAACUCCUCACCGAGAAGAGUCCCAACUAUCGGGGCCGCAGUGCUGUGGGCCAGAGCUGUCCGAAUAUAUCCAUAAAAUGCGAUAUCGUCGAGUACUUGUAGGCGGCGCGAGUCAUAUGCAUUAUGCCGUAGUUAAACUCCUAUUGUUAGAUCCAGUUGCAGUGUAAGGAUUACCUUUGUUUUCUUUGGAGUUGCGCAUCUACAUACAUACCCUGUGAGGCAGGACACACACCAUUUAGUGAACUAGUAGCAAUGACAUGAGAUAGUUGGGAAAUAAAUAACAAUUUAAAAUAAUCAUA